AAAUCUUCUAAAUCGGCCGUUAUAGCACUGGGAUGGAUUUCUCUAAUACAGAAGAUAGCAGACCGUGAUUCCAACAUCUUCAAAACCGAAAAAAAAAUUAAUUGAAUAUCAAUCUUUAUUCUAUCAAAUAACUUUAUUAUCUUCAAACCAAAGAAUUACAGACGCAAGAACAAAAAUAAUGUAUGAGUUAUGGGAUAACACUUCAAUUUUUUAUGAAACUUUGGACAUCAUAUUUCAAAUUGAAGCAACUAGCAACGUUACUAUUAUGAUCAUGGUCAUGAUUCAAUUUGAAUCUAAAAGCAAUAAGACAUUUAUACUACAAAAAUAUACGGAAAAAAUAUCGAAAUGCUUUGUAAAGAGUAUGGUCUCAUGCAAAUACAAACCUGACAAGUCGUUCAUAGCAGCCUGCCGUCCAUUACUGGAGUCACUCACCGAAAAAGAAUUUGAUUCCUAUGUAUACCCAGCUUUACAGAGGGCAAUAUUACCAAGCCCGGAAAAUACACUUGAAAGUAUUGGGCUAACUUUUAAAAUGUUGAAUUUUGAUUGUAGUCGCUAUGCUCAAAAAAUUGGAAAAGUUCUUAUAAAAAAUUUGUACAGCAAAGGGGACAUCGUACGAAGAGAGUCACUAGAAUUUUUAAAGCUAAUAUCCACUAAAUGUUCUGAUUGGGUUAUCGUUAAAGAUUUACUGUCCCAUAUUUUUUCUGUGCUAAAUGGAUCCGAUGGCAAAAUAAACGUAAUAUAAUAUAGGCUCAAUAUUUUACAGGUAAUCUACACAUAUAGUUUUAAAAAAAUAUGUUUCUAAAAUUUGUACUUUCAAAACUUUUUAUAUCUUUACACACAUCAAGUUUUAAAGACGAUCCGUUUACACGAAUCCAUCCUUAAAUUGUACAUUUUAGCAUAGUUUCGUUAUAAUUGUAUAUGACUAGAAAUAUGGUAAUUUUAUAAGAUUUCAGUGAUAUUAUUUAGAUGUCAUAAUAUGAUUGGGAUCCAGUUGACCAUAACAUUUUUUUGAAAUUAGACUUGGAAAUUUAUUUCAUUGAUAAAUCGAAACCAAAUUGGAUCAUUGCAUACCCGUAAAUUAUAGAGUAUACAAGUUCGUUUGUCUGUUAGUCCGUAAAUUAGUCAAAAGAUUAAAAAUGCGGAUUCUUUUGAUUUUAAGAGCACAGUUUAUAUCAAAAAUGUUGGAUUUUUUGUGGUAAAUAUCCAAAGAUUUAUAUACAUAUAAAGUGUACCCAGCUUAAUAAUAUCGCCGCAAAUUUAUUGCUUGCCGUGACAUUAAAUUGUCGAUUUAGAUAUGUCCGUCAGUAUGCACGUGAUCUGAAAAACUAAAAAUGCUGGAAACUAUUCAAUUCAGGGAUUUGCGAUUUCACAAUAUUAAUAUUAGAAUUGGGUGUACAAAUAAGUUCGUUCGGUUUCAUUUACAGGUGUCGCUACUUUUUAUUGCGCUUCAAAAAUGUCUGCUUUGCUUUGGUUUUACUUCGCUACUGCAGUACGAAGAAAAAGGCUGCCAAAAAACUCCGUAUUUAAGCUGAAGCUUAUGGUACAAAUGCAAACGUGUUAAAAGUGGUUUGACCGGUUCAAAAGAGGAAGUUUCCAAUUGGACAACAAAGAACGAGCCGGAGCGCUCGUACUACCAGCUAUGAAAAGACAACUUUUGAAAACUUGUUUCUUGAAGGUAGCUUUAAAAAUGAGGGAUUAGUUUGUGUGGAAACGGACGGAAAGUUCGACGGACAGAAGGACAGACAAGAAUAUAAAUACUUUAUAAGGUCGGAAAUUUAUCUUUUACUGCGUUGCAAACUUCUGACUGAAAUUAUAAUACCCUCUACAAAGGUAUAAAAAGGAGCGGCUUACGGUGCGUAAAGCCUGGACUCACAGUGAUAUUUAAAAAAAUUGAUUUUUUUAAUAUGUAAGUUUAUUUUCCGGAUGAACGAAAAAUAUGCGACUUUUAAUUUUCCAGCUGUUUUAAUUGUCUGUAAAAAUAUAACAAAAAUUAAAAAAAAAAACUUCUUCAUCCGCAAGUAUUUAAUGUAUUAAAGACGUGUGCAAAAUUUCAUUUAGAUCGGACCAUUACCUCUUGAGUUACGUUACACUCCUAUUUAGUUUUGAGAAAAACGCAUCUAAAGAUUUUACAUACCACAUACCUUCCUUGAGUACGAUUAAGAGAUAAUCAGUAUCUCAGAGAGUUUUAGUCCGAUCGUCACGAAAUUUUCACAGGACAUCUAUGAGAUGUUGUACUUUUAAUUACAAAUUAAUUACCAAAAAAACAACGGACGUAUUGUGUUUCGGUCCGCCGUGCGAUUAAAAAUAUAGUGAAAAUAUCCGAAAUUUAAUUCGCGAAAGGACCCUUAGGGUAGGCAUGAGUAUGUGUGCUCGUGCCCAUGAUAAUUUUCAAAUUUUUCAAUAAAAAACUAUUUAAAGGAUAUAGUAAAAAAAAGAGGUGACGUAUAAGAACGCAAGCUCUAAAAACAAAGUUUAAAAAAUGACGCGGAUUAGUUAUCAGCAAAAAAAUGGCGUAAACAAAUUUUACCUCACAUCCAUUAAAAGGGGCAAUAUAAAUAAAACCUAAAAAAAUUACUACACCUACCAACUGAAAAGUAGCAAAGGACUGCAAGUGGUAAUUAAAGGAAUCGAAUCGACAGUUCCGAUUGAUGAGAUAAAAGCGGCACCUAAAAGGGCUUUGACGUCAAAAUGGCCAUGAAUAUAAAAAAAUAUAAAUUCCCCAAAUUGCAACCUGAAAAUAUGCACUUAAAAAUAAUGAAGUUCAACCAAUUUAUAAACUUCAAUACCUACUGCACCGCAGAAUCACCAUUGAGAAAUUGUCAGGAAUAUAAGCAAACGAGAACGAAGUGGACCCUGCCCGCCGUCUGCGUAGCCUGUGGUGAUGCACAUCCAACUAAGGCAUGCUCUGUAAAUAAGGUGGACCAUUCUGCUAAAAAAUUUAGCAACUGUGGGGGAAAUCACACUGCCAACUACAGAGGUUGCCCUGUAAAAAACCCGGUAACCCAAAAAAAAACCUGUAGCUCGAAAACCAGUCAGCCGACAAAACAUACAGUAAUACCAUCAACCGGGAGUUUAUUUCGCUCAGGCGCUAAGCUAUAAGAACGGGUCAUAUGCCUCAGGGGCUAGGCCGACACCUUCCCAAGCCACUGCUGGAAUAACGCAGCAACAGACAUCGAAACAGGGUCCUGAAAUUAUUAAAUUGACGAAUGGGCUAAAACCAAUGUUGGUAACUAUAACAAACAUAAUGGUAGCAAUGCAAAAAACGCUAUAGGAUCUUAUGCGUACACAAAAUCUCCUUUUUGAGCUCUUAAUUAAAAAAAAAUCAGUUAAGAUGAUUUUACUAAUAUUAUCUUUCUGAAAUGCAAAUGGCAUUUCGCAGCACUAAAACUAGCUCUUAGACCAAUAUGACAUUGACGGAAUGCUUAUAUCAGAGACUCAACGAACAAAAAUUAUUUUCAUUUUAAUGGAUAUACAUUGUGUGCGACAAAUUAUCCCGUUGGUAAAGGACAUGAAGGUACUGGCAUUCUGAUCAAGAAUCGCAUUAGACAUUACCAACUGCUAUCAUUUGCAACAACUUAAAUACAAGCAACAUCAAUUCACAAAGACACUUAAACAUAGCCGCCGUAUAUUGUUUCCGUUUCCGAAGCAGAAUUUGUAAAAUAUUUUGCUGGGUGACCGCUUUGUAGCUGCUGGGAUUCACGACUCACCAACCCCAAAGGAAGACAACUGUACAACGCUAUAAUAACACCACGAAACAAGUUUGACUUUAUCUCUCCGGGCAAGCCUACAUACUGGCCAACAGAUCUUAAAAAUAAGGCUGAGAGUCCGAUCUAUCAUCGGAUCACUCUACAAUCUUACUUCACCUUUAUGACCAAAGCUUUCAGAACGCCCACACUUUCUAACUUCUAGUAAAACAGAUUGGCUGAAGACAUCGACAGCUCAGUAGAAGCAUUAGUGUUUAUUAUGAUAUUACUUCAAUAAUACCACCUAGAAAACCUUUCAACAGCAGUAGUGCUUCUAGAUUUAUUAAAGAUCUGCUCCGCAGGAGAGAGUGGCAAGCUCAUAGAUCACCUGGCUCAAAGAAGCGGUUAAAACUAGCCAACAACUUGCUACUUAGAGGGUGAGAGAAGUCAAACUCAGGUAUCCAUUAUUGUAUUCGUUGAAAAGUAUGUAACUGGUAGAAGGAAGCGUUUCCGACCAUAUAAAGUAUAUACAUUCUUGCUCAGGGUCAAUAGCCGAGUCAAACUAGCCAUGUCCGUCUGUUUGAACGUGGAGAUCUCGGAAACUAUAAAAGCUAGAGAUUUGGGACUUGGAAAGCAGAUUCUAGUAGUUACUAAGCAGGUUUAUUUCAAUAUGGAGUUACGUCCACUUUUACGCCCACAAAUCGGGAAAGUAUGAACUGUCCCUCUGAGACAUGUUAGAACGUAAGGGUUGGUUCUGUGUGUGCGUUUCGGUCAUAUCUAUCGGUAGACACAACAUUUUUUGUAAAAUCGAGCUAUUAUUUUAGAAGUUAUACCGCCCCUCUGUUCUACGUCUGCUAGCAGAUGAGAAAGAGAGAGAGAAUGACAGAACUGUUAGCGUUGUAGUAGUUGUGCUGCACGCUCUUAGCUUCAAGUGUUGGCUAUGCAUUUCGACAGAUGGCGCCACCUAAACAUCGAUUGUUUUGCAGGGAAAAUACUUAUUUUGGAGAUUGAAGCUGAGUAACGGGUAUCUAAUGGUCGGACACUCGACGAAAGCGUUCUCUUUUGGUUUAUCAUAGGAAGGUAAACGAUUUUUAAUGAUUUUAUUCAGUACCACUUCAACCUCCGAAGAGACAAGUCGUAUUAGAACAGCAUCGAUCCCGCGUCUGCAAAAAACCCAUUGAGCUUAUCAGCAAAACUUGAAAAACAAAUAUUAAGCACAAAACAAAACAAAAAAAGACAAAAACAAAAAACACACCAUUUCUUACCACUCGGGCGUAAGCCCUUUACAAGCAACCAUGCACGAGCCACCAGACAUAGCAAAAUACACUACGAGAUCGUAUCAACUAGGAGAACCCAAAUUUAUCGUUAUUAAAAGUAAAAAUGAAUCCUCAUUUAAAACCGUUUCACCUUUCAUCAUUGAGAAAUCUGUGGACUUUGCCUGCGGAGGAAGAGUUGAUUCUGUGAAAAAAACCAGAGACGGCGGACUUUUGAUAAAAACAAAAAACAACACACAAACCACAAAACUACUAAAACUUACCAAAAUCGGAGAUAUGGAAAUAACAGCAACCGAACACAAAACACUUAAUUUUUCAAAAGGCGUUAUCUACUGUAAUGACCUUAGAUACAUAGACGAAGAAACAAUCCUCCGCGAACUAAAACCACAGAAAGUAAUUGAAGUCAAAAAAAUAAUGAAGAGACAAAACACCAACAAUAACACCAACACCAACAACUACAGCAACACCAACAAUAACAACAACAACACCAACAACAACACCAACAACAACAACAACCUAACAGAAACCGGACUCAUAAUAAUUACGUUUGAAACCCAUCAACUCCCUGAAAUACUGCGAGUCGGGUAUGAAUCCUUUCGCGUACGCAACUACAUCCCUCUCCCAAUGCGUUGCAGAAAGUGCCUCCGCUUCGGACACCCUGCACCCAUAUGCAAGAGCACCGAAAAAUGUUUAAACUGCUCAGAUGAAAAACACACCAGCGAAGGAGAACUUUGCAAAAACGACAAAAAAUGCCUAAAUUGCGCAAACAAUCCGGAAAUUGACUCACAACACAGCCGUUUGGACCGCAAAUGCCCCACAUUCCUUAAACAACAAGAACUCACUGCCAUAAAAACCACCGAAAAAGUCGAUCAUAGAACUGCUCUGGGUAUAUACUUUGAGCGACACGGAUACAAAACAAGAAACUCUUAUGCAAACACACUUACAAACACCACAACCACAAUAGGAACCCGAUCCCCAAAUACACUCACAUCAACAUCUUCAAAUGCACAAACUACAUCCACAUCCUGCGAUCACAACCAAGCAAACACACCAACCUCAUCUGCAUCAAUCAAAACAACACCGGCACCGGAAAACACUCUCCAAAACCACAACCAACACGACCAAGACGACACCGAAGACAUGGAAACGGACAACAUGAACCCCACCAAAAUAACAACCGCAUACCGAUCUCAACUCACAAAGGAACUUAAACUAAAACUCUUCCCUAAAGAUAAGUCAAACCCUCUAUGUACUAACUUUAAACCAACUAAAUCAAAAGCCAAAUCCUCUAACAAAAACAAACAUACCACUAACAGCGACAGCGAAUCGGUUUAAAAACCACAGAUCUCCCCUA